AUGUCAUGGGACUCUAUAGAGUCGCGCGACUUCCUCGGCGGGGCGCCGGCGCACCAGUUGUCGGCCACGCGACUGCUCAGCUCGCCUGAUCCGUCGCGACACCAUCUCGAUGAGCAGCCAGAAGUAUAUCCGUUCGCGGAGGAGUACGGAGGGGGCUCGCGCAAUGGGGCGCUGCGGUGGGGCUCGCGCUUCGGGCCCGCGCACCGGCCGCAGGGGGGGCUGCUCGACUGCUUCCGCGCCUGCCGCGAGCGGCUCGACCAGUACUUGGCGAGGAGGAAGAUCGAGCGCGGCGUCCGGUUAUACAGUCAGAACGAGCAGCGGCUAGCCGUCAAGAUAUGGCUGUCCGCGCUGCGAGGCGUCCGGCACCGGACGGACAAGUUCACGCUGCUCGGACACUUGUAUCAGGCGUACAUGGACUUUGGGAAGUACAGAGAAUCGAUAGAGUUCGCCACACGCCAGCUGGGCAUCUCAGAGGAAUUAGACUCGGCGCCAAUGCGCGCGGAAGCGUACUUGAACCUUGCUCGCGCGCAACAGACCCUGGGAGGACUUGACAGAGCACUAUCCUACGCCCGCCACGCGCUCUACAACGACUGCGGUGGCGGUAACAUCGCGGGCUUCGUGCAUCUGACAGUAGCCAGUGUCAGCCUGGAGUUGGGCUCCUUCUCGAAGGCGAUGGACGGCUUCCAGAAGGCUCUUUCGGUGGCCCAGACGCAGCAGGACAACACACUUCUACUACAGGUGUACGUCGGCCUUUCAGAGCUAUGGCGCCGUUUGCGCGACGCCGAGCGCGCGGUCGCGUGCGCUGCACGCGCGUGCGAUCUCGGUCGCGGGCCGCGGUCGGCCGACCUGAACACGCGUCACCACCGCACUGCGUUGCUGCAAAUGGCCGCCGCUUUGAGGGCUAGGGGGGAGCUGGGAGACGCACACGACUAUUGCAAUGAGGCAUUGAGGCUGGCGGCAGUGGCAGGAGACCAGGGUUGCUAUGCGAGGGCUGUUCGCAUAGCUGGCGAUGUCUACCGGAGGAAAUGCGACAUCGGGAAAGCUCUUAGACAUUACGAAGUGGCAAUGGGCGCUGGUCAGGCGCUAGGUGACAGAUUAGCCCAGAUGGAAGCUAUGGACGGAGCUGCUAGAUGUCUGGAGGUUCUGCGAAUACAAGGAAGGAUCUGCAACUGCCGACCGCUGGAGUUCAAUACUCGACUGCUGGAGGUCUCUACUUCGGUUGGAGCUAAGAUGCUAGUCCGCCGCGUGCGCCUCCGUCUAGCCGAGAUCUACACAGCGCUGGGUGACAACAACGCGGCCGCCCGCCAGAAACGUUCUGCGGCCACCUGGUCGCUGCCUACUUGUGCUCGGUGCCGGGAGCCUCUAGCGGAUAGGCCAGAGCCUUUGGCGUCGCUACCGUGCGCUCAUAUCGUUCACCACGCAUGCAUGCCAGAAUCCUGGUCCCGUCGCUCCGGUCGCAGUACAACCGGAGCCCCAGACUGCGCGGAAUGUGCUUCACCUCGUGCACCCCGCGCUCCACCACCUGCCCCUCCCGCGCCUAUUGCUCAUCCCCAUCAGAAGUGUAUAACACGACAAGACGACAAGCAUCCUGGACCCGUCGCUCCGGUCGCAGUACAACCGGAGCCCCAGACUGCGCGGAAUGUGCUUCACCUCGUGCACCCCGCGCGCCACCACCUGCCCCUCCCGCGCCUAUUGCACAUCCCCACCAGAUGUGUCCAGAAGUGUAUAACACGACAAGACGACAAGCAUCCUGGUCCCGCCGCUCCGGUCGUAGUACAACCGGCGCGCCAGACUGCGCGGAAAGUGCCUCACCUCGUGCACCCCGCGCUCCACCACCUGCCCCUCCCGCGCCUAUUGCACAUCCCCACCAGAUGUGUCCAGAAGUGUAUAACACGACAAGACGACAAGCAUCCUGGACCCGUCGCUCCGGUCGCAGUACAACCGGAGCCCCAGACUGCGCGGAAUGUGCUUCACCUCGUGCACCCCGCGCGCCACCACCUGCCCCUCCCGCGCCUAUUGCACAGCCCCAUCAGGACUUCCCCUUCGGGACUCCGCCUACACUGCGCGACUCGGAUCUGA